CUUUUCAGAAAAGCGCGAAUGCUGGGUUACACUUCGAAUCUAAAAGAACAACCAUCACAACACAUGUCAGAAAAGGGGGUUGCACAUAGGACAAGAUGGCAACAAAAAGUGAUGAAGCAGUAAAUGAAGCAUUGAACGAGCCAAUCGAUCAAUUGAAGAUCGGAGAAGCAUCUUCGUCCAAAUUGGAAGAAAAUGGAAGAGCGAAGAGUAAUGGAACAUAUGGACAUUCAGAUUCGAAUGAACUCGAAAAUGGAGAGGGUGAAAUGUCUGCAACAGCACUAAAAGCCGAGCUAGAACGAAUGAAAGAUGAGCGGGACUCAUUCGAAGAGCAAUAUCAUGGAUUAUUGGGAAAAUUAGGUCAGAUGAGAAGUACUUUGGGCGAUCGGCUACGGCAAGAUGCGGAAGAAUUGGAUAGGAGAGAACAACAGAUUGAUACUUUGAAUGCUCGGAUAGACGGAUUGAGCGGAUCAAUGAAAACGCUAGAAGGAGAAUUAGUCACAUCUCACGAAGAGGUGGAGAGAUUGACGAAAGAGCUGGAUAAUACUCGAUCUAUACAGCAGCAAACAGCCGCCAAUUCAACAGAUCGCAAAGGCAAUGAGAUGAAAUUGCGUGAAUUGCAAGAAAUGGCUGAACGAUAUAGGAUCGAAGCAGAAAGCUGGGAAAGCGCUUGUAUGGAAGAAAGGGCGUACAGGGAAGAUGUGGAUUUGCAGUUACGGGAAGCACAACGAGAACGUGAUGAAGCAAUCGCAAGAGAGCAAGAGCAAAGUACGAUCGCACAACGUGAAAUGCAAACAGCGCGAGAACUACAGCAAGUAUUGGAAGAGUUCCAAGCAGCACAGGAUAGUGAACUUCAACGGGCGAUCGGGGACCAUGAAGAGAAGAUAGAGCGCUUAACAACAUCCUUGAAGGAACACCAAGAGCGAACGACGACUGCAGAAGCCUUGGCAGAAGAGCACAAGAAAGGAGCAGAGCGCUGUCAAACUUUGGCAAAGGAGGUUAAAGAAAAGAAUCUACUGAUCGGAAAAUUACGACAUGAAGCGGUGAUACUGAAUGAACACUUGACAGAAUCUCUAAGAAGGCUACGAGCGAAUCAAUCAGAUGCAAUGGUGGAUGGAAAGUUGAUUGGAAACCUUUUGAUUCAAUUCCUCAAUACGCCUCGCUCCGAUUCAAAACGUUUUGAGAUGCUAAGCUUGAUCGCAAGCGUUCUAAAUUGGUCGCCUGAAGAAAGAGAGAAAGCUGGACUACAGCGGAAUAAUCAAGCACCAACACCAGAUCGCAAAGGUGGAAAAGGAGGCAGUGAAGGUCACAAACGGUCAGGUGCACAGACGAAUACGACGGGUGAAGAGAGUUUCUCGAAUCUGUUUGUCGAAUUCCUGCUGUCCGAAGCGGAGAAGGCCAAGAAGCCGUCACAGCCCAUAUCUUCAAAUGCAUCCGGACCUCCUUCGCCUACAACGCCUAAGCAAUCUGGUCGUCCAAGCUUCAAUCUUGGCAGUUUAGCAAGCUUGAACCGAAAUUCGGGCGACGACUCUCGUGUAUUCAGUCCCGGAUCAAAUGCAGCCACCGAUCCAAGUGGAUCGCCGCGGAAGCUGAGAAGUCCUUAAAGCCCAGCAAAUGUGAGAUCACCUUUUCAUCUGUACUUAUCGCACACAUUAAAUCAUUCCAAUCAAACUGCAAAGAAGUGUCA